AUGGCUAUCAAGGUGACGAAAGCCGAGAAGAAACUAAUUUACAACAAGAAGCUAUGCAGCCUCUUGGAUGAGUACAUACAUCUUAACAUUCCAACUAAAAUUAACAAGGAUAUUGUUGAAAUCAUUACUCCAGUUGAGCUGAUCAAGAAAGGAGGCAAAGUGGGUUCCUCUGAGGUUGCCCUCCUUGCCAAACUUGGGAUAAGGUCCUUCUCAUACGGGCUUGUGGUUCUCUCUAUCUAUGAUAAUGGAUCGGUCUUCAGCCCAGAGAUGCUUAACCUCACUGAGGAUGACCUUGUUGACAAGUUUGCAGCUGGUGUUUCUAUGGUUGCUUCGUUGUCCUUGGUUCCUUCUUAUCCAACUCUUGCAGCUACGCCUUGGGUGUUCAUCAAUACCUAUAAGGAUCAUUUUAGUCAAAUUUGGGUUGCGCCUUGGGUGUUCAUCAAUACCUACAAAAAUCUUUUUACACCUACAUACAAGUUGAAGGAGUAUCUCAAAGAUCCAAGCAAAUUUGAUGUUGUUGUCGCCCCUGUUGCAUUGGCUGAGAAUGCUGUUAUUCCUUCUACCAAAGAAGAGGAAAAAGUCGAUCCUACUAAUGGAUCUAACGAUGAUGACUUGGGCUUUAGCUUGUUUGACUAA